ACGCUUGGUCGGUCGGUAAACGGCGACGAGCAGGGCGACCAAGGCAGACAAUGUGUUAUUGUUGUAUUUGCGCCCGUAAUGCUCUCGCAACUCCUAUUCCUACCUCCACGUUGGUGCCGACUGGGAUGCGGAUCACUGCGCGGUGAUUCGUAUGCUAACAGGAAAGGGGGCCAAACAGCCAGGAUGAAGAAUUCGGUGAUAAAGCGAUUCCACUUCCUGCCAUCGAGCCGUUCGACAGGACAAGGCGGCUAACAGGACGCAGCUGCAGCUGCCACCGCAGAUACUGCCUCCGAUGAGGAGCGAACACACGUGCUGCCCGGCCGGAGCUUCUCUGACACGCACACACACACGCACACCCACACACACACACAUGCGCAUCCACGGAUGCUGUCAAGCGUCGGCACAGUCCCAGCUAGCAACCUACGCGUGUGGCGCUAGCGCUCGCUCGCCGAAAACGACCGUCAGAGAGCGAGAAAGACAGAGAGAGAAUCUAUGCGAGAGCAGCACUCGGCAGCGCUUCGCUUCGGACGAGCUCGGUGGGGUCGUAUCCUUGUGUGGUGUGCUUACAGGGCGCUCUCACUCUCUCUCUCUCGCUACGUGUGUGCUUGGCGUCCGUUGGAGCUGUAGUAAGUGCGCUGCCCCAUACAGCAGUACGCUAGUGCACGGUCCGCAAAAAGCGCUCGAGGCAAUCAUCGGUUUCGGGUUGUGUCGCCCGGUCGGUGGCACCGUUCGACGGCUUACCAGCAGUGCCAGCAGUGGCGAGUACAGGCGCACAAAUUCCGUGUGCGAGCGGCAGUGAACAAACGGGGCCCCGCCAGCCGAGUGAUUACGGGACACUUUCGGCAGCGACUCUAUCAGCGUCUUCCAUCAACCAGUGGUGUUUAUGCGUGUGUGGUGUGAGUGAGUGUAGAUGUAAGUGAGUUUCAUUCAACUCUCGGGGGUGAUAUCAGUGCAACAGAGAGAAGAAAACAAAAACAAAAAAACAAAGCAAAACAAAACACACAAAAAGCAAGCGUUACCGAAUGUGUAGGUGUUUACCAUCUCAAGCCAGUGAGUGAGUGCGUGCAUGAUUUGUAUUGGCUUUUCAUACUCGUUGUGUCCUGUGUGUAUGCGGAGGAUUGCGGCAGUUUCGCCCUGAAACCGUUUGGUCAUCAGCUGUGCAUAGAUAGGGGAACAGUGGGACAGUACCUGGGGAAAGGGUGCAGCAGCAGCAGCAGCCGCCGCACUAGCGAAGUGCUGCUCCCGACCCUCCCAAGUGCUGCCAGCGCCGUCCAAAGCAGCGAAUGUGCGACCUGCCAUCGGAGCCGCUGCAGUACACCGCAAUAGAUAUGCAGCAUCGGCAGCUGAAUCGAACGAUCGCCAUCGCCACCGGCCUGCUGAUGUGUGCCGUGUACGUGCUGUACACGUUUCACGCCUGUCUGCUGUCCGGGCUACAUCGCAGCCUCCGGCAGGUAAGUGGUCAAGCGACGAACCCUUCGCCGCACACUAACGUACGCGUCCUUCACCAGUCGCCGUCCGCGCAGCCGGCUGCCGGCGGCACGACACUAGCGCCCACCACCCAGCUGCCGCACGUCCGCAUACUCGGCUCGCUCGUGCGCAUCGUGCCGCUGACGGUCGAGGACGGAGCGACCGCCGGCAAGCGGCCCCCGGCCGCCCCGCUGCGCCUGGUGUCGCCCGCCGCCACCAACACGACCGACGGGUCGCCCAAGUACCGGUUUCUGCGGCAGCAGGGCCUGCGCCCGUCCCGCCACCUGCCGGACGCGCUCAUCAUCGGGGUGAAGAAGAGCGGGACGCGCGCCCUGCUCGAAUUCGUCCGGCUGCACCCGGACGUGCGGGCGGCCGGCUGCGAGGUGCACUUCUUCGACCGGCACUACGCGAAGGGGCUCGCCUGGUACCGGCACCACAUGCCGCCCACGAUCGAGGGCCAGAUCACGAUGGAGAAGACGCCGAGCUACUUCAUUACGCGCGAGGCGCCGCGCCGCGUCCGCCACAUGAACCCGGCGACCCGGCUGCUGGUGGUCGUGCGCGACCCGGUCACGCGCGCCAUCUCCGACUACACGCAGGCGCGCAGCAAGAAGCGCGACAUGAAGCGGUUCGAGGAGCUCGCGUUCACCAACGGGUCGGCCGGCGGUGUCGUCGACACGAGCUGGGGCCCGGUCCGGAUCGGCGUGUACGCGCGGUACCUCGAGCGAUGGCUAGAGCACUUCCCACCCGCCCAGCUGCUGUUCGUCAGCGGCGAGCGGCUGAUCGCCGACCCGGCGGUCGAGAUCGGCCGCGUGCAGGACUUUCUCGGCCUGAAGCGGGUGGUGAACGAGAAGCACUUCUACUUCAACUCGACCAAGGGCUUCCCGUGUCUGCUCAAGUCGGAGGAGCGGUCCAGCCCGCACUGCCUCGGCAAGACGAAGGGCCGGAACCAUCCGCACAUUGACGGGGCCGCCAUCGACCGGCUGCGCGAGUUCUACCGGCCGUUCAACCAGAAGUUCUACCACCUCACCGGCAUCAACUUCGGCUGGCCCUAGGGGACCCGUGGAAUUGGUGGUAUGAGAGGGGUAGGGGGGGGGGUAGGAGGUGGGUAGAGAAAUCCCGUGCGUCAAUUAGGUUGUGCGAAAAAUAAUAAUAAUUACAAUGCACAAUUGCACAGGUACCAACGCAAUGGGUGUAUCGGCAGCUCGUAUACUCGCUAAGCAAUUAUAGGUAGGUGUACAUAGGGUAGGGUCCGGGUAGCAGAACAACAGGGCGGCAGACGAUGUACGCCAUCGUGCCAGAAAUCAAUCGCGUAUAUUACGCCGGGCGCCAGUUUGGAGCCAAAUCGAAAAGCCACAGUCGCAGUCCUCCUUCGCCUUCUUCCAAGUCUGCUUCUUAUUCUUCACUGGCUACGAAAUCAUCGGACCGCUUGUUGCGUGUUUCACGUUCAUGGUACGUUCAUGGUGGUCGUCAACUCGAACGACUCAAUAACAUGCCCGUCAUGGGUUCAAGCCUAGAAUGGAACCGU